AUGAAUGAAUAUGGAAAGGUCAAUGGUGCUGGCCAUUCGAUGAGUCUCUUUGAAAGUGAUAACGACAUGGACCUUCGUAUUAUGCAACUGCACAAAGCCAUCAGAGAGCAACACAUUCUUUUGGAAGCCUUGGAUGACGAUGGGCAACACCACCACCACCACCAUCAUCACGACGUGAGCGACCUGAAAUCACGCAUUAGAAGCUUGAGUGAACAGCUGCAUGGGUCAACUACGGGAGCAACGCAGACGUUGAUAACUCGAUAUGAGUUGAACAAGAAACGGUUGGAGGAUUUACAGAGUGAGGGUCAUGCUUUGGAGAAGGAGCUCGAGUACAUGGUGAACACUGGUAUUCAAAGCACUUUGGAUGCAUUGACUUUGGAGAACAACCGACUGCAUGAAUUGACUCAAUUGAAUUAUGACGAUGGCAGAAUCAUGGAGGAUAUCAACAGCCUACGACACGAUGCUCAUCACAUUGUACGGCAUGAAUUAAGCAGCUUAUCAUCAUCAUCACCAUCAUCAUCCAAAGAAGAUCGUCAAAAGCAACAGGAACGACAAAUGUUUGAAAAGGGAUUGUUUGUAUCAGCACCAUUGGCACGUUUUAUCGAAUCUCUUGAUAAGCCAACUUCAUCAUCAUCACCAUCUUCAUCAUCAUCAUCAUCGCCCAGAUACAACAACACUGUGUAUAAGCAACAACCAUUACCACCAUCUCCUCCAAUUUCCAAUUCAUCCAAUUCUAUCAACUCUCAACGUUCAACAGUGGACAUCAAAGCCGAAGCACAACGUCGAAUCGAACAACGUCGACUUUUAUUCGCUAGCAAGAACAGCAAAUCUACGAGCAAUCUACGAGCACGACGUGAACACGUUACUUGUGCACCAGAAAAGGCUAUCAGUGAGGAUGAAAAAGCAGCUCAGGAACGUUUACGCAAAGCGGAGGCUGAUGCACGAGAACGAUUACAAACUAUGCGCGAGCGUCGAAAUAAGGCACGUUUGGAAUCAGAUAAAGAGGCAUUAAGGCAACAGCAGCAAGCGCAAGAGAAAAGAAUGGCCGAGGAACGACAACGGCAACAUGAGAUGGAAGAAGAGGAGAAAACAAGAGUUGCAAAAGAACAACAACGACAACGUGAGAUUGAAGAAGAGGAAAGAGUUGCCAAGGAACAACAACGACAACGUGAGAUUGAAGAAGAGCAAAAACGAGUUGCUGAGGAACAACGACAACGCGAGAUUGAAGAAGAGGAAAAAAGAGUUGCCGAGGAACGACAACGACAACGUGAGAUUGAAGAAGAGGAUGAAAGAGCUGCUGAAGAACAACGUCAACGCCGUGCUAGAUUUGCUGCUGAACAAGCUGCCAAGGAGAAACGAUUGCGUCAAGAGGAAUUUGAACGUAAAGCACGUGAGAUUGAAGCUGCACAAAUCGAGGCUCAACAAAGACAACAACAAUGGCUCGCUGAACACCAUAAACAAGAGCACACACCCUCGGCUGACGAUCAACAACAAGAGCCUAUACCAACAUCAAAUGAUCAACAAGACAACACAAUAACAACCAUUGUUGAAGACGUUGAUUUGAGUGAUGAAGUCGAUUUUGGCACAAUUUAUCGAGUCAAGACGCUCUAUGAAUAUCGUGGUACACGUGAGGAUGAUCUUUGCUUCAAAGAGGACGAGGUGAUCAAGGCAUACCCGCACAAGGACAGCCAUAGUGAUUGGUGGUAUGGCACUUCACUGUUGACAAAUCAAUCUGGAUUUUUCCCGCGUACUUAUGUGGAAGUGGUGGAUCAAGCAUUCCGAGUUCGCACGCUCUAUGAUUUCCAAAAGACGAGAGAAGACGACCUUGGAUUUACAGAGAACGAGAUUAUUGUGGUGCAACCUUUCCAAGAUGAAGAUAGCGAUUGGUGGUAUGGCACAAACGAGGACACUCACCAGGCAGGCUAUUUUCCAAAGACAUACGUUGAAGUGAUUCCUUCGGUACCAUCCACAGACACACCAAGCAUUCAUUCAAAUCAUCCUACCUCUGAUCCAGUUACUAUCAUGCUUCAAGCACCACCCGAAGAUGACUCUUCCAGAAACAUGUCAGCUCCCAAUACCCCGGUGAUGAAGAAAGAGACAUUGAGCGCCAAUAGAUCAGAGACAGCUCGACGACGACGUGCUACAAGCAAUGUUGGAUUGGCUGGGUCAUUAUCAUCAGCACCUAUUGAUCAUCGACAAACAUCGUCAUCAUCACCAUCAUCAUCUACUAUAUCAUCUAUGUCUGCAACUCCGGGAUUGGUUACUUGGGCAAGCACUAUGGAUCCAUCGGAGCUGGCUGUUAUUUCACCUGAGGAAAGGAAACGUCAAGAAGCGAUUUUCGAACUUGUCAGCACUGAAAAGUCCUACUUGCGUGACCUUCAACUUAUUGCCAAUGUUUUCUACACUGAAUCCAUGAAAUACCUUGCACGUGAUGAACAGGAUGUGGUGUUCUCCAACAUUGAUGAUUUGUUAUUGACCAACACGGCGCUAUUGAGUGAUAUGGAAGCACGCCAAAAUGAGGGAGCGAAUGUUGCUGACAACCUCAAAUGUUAUUCAACAUACUGCCGAAAUCAAUCCUUUGCGAGCCGACUCUUACAGGAUAAGAGGAAACAAGACCAGUGGUUCAACGUAUUCUUGAAGACUGCUCAAUCUAGGCCAGAAUGUCGAGGCUUAGAUCUCUCCCACUUUUUACUAGAGCCGAUGCAACGCAUCACCCGAUACCCGCUAUUAUUACAAAAUAUUUUGAAUGCCACCCCAAGACGUCAUUCGGACUAUGGCCUUUUACGUUCUGCUCUCAUCAAGACUGAAUCCAUCUUGCAGCAUGUGAAUGAAGAAACAAGACGUUACGAGAAUAUACAAAAGAUGGAUGAGCUAAGCAGGAUAUUGGAUAUGGGAGGGCAUGCAAAAUUAAAGGUGCACGGUCGUGAAUUUGUCAUGGAAGGAGUCUUGUAUAAAGCCAAAAGCGGCCGUAAAUUGCAUGGCUAUUUAUUCAAUGACACGCUUAUUUUGACGGAACCGCUACGAGAGCUUAGCCCUGAAGGUUAUUUACAUCGGCUGUACAAGGAGCCGUUAAACCUGGAUAGGAUCAACAUCCGCCAGCUGCCACAGCAAAUGUCUAUCAAAGCUCCAUUUUCUGGUAGUACAACAGUGUCAUCGGAAGAUGCAGGGUUCCAGCUGGUAUAUGGCAAUCAGGUGAUAUCCGUGAAAGCACCCUCAAUGAGUCAAAAGCGCCAAUGGAUAAGUCAAAUACAGCAUUUCAGUGCGUUACGUUCUACGAUUCAGCGGCAAUCAUGGUCCUACAACUAG